AUUUUUAUAAUUAUUUUACCGAUUACAACAGAUGUACGAAGAAAAGAUGAUGCGUAUAUACUAUUAUGAAGAGUGGACGAAUCACAGAUAGUAUAUGAAUACAGGGUCGGUCGUGGAGACAUGCACAUACAAAAAUGGAAAAGAAAUGCAAUACUUUCGACAUUCCUGAUGUUCCAGCAAUGUUGGGCGUAACGGUUGAGAAAAGUAUGUGCUAAUUUACUAUUCUAAAUGAAGAAGUCACCACUCUCGUCACUAGUUGGAAUUUAUGAUGCUGAUGAUGGGAAACACGAGCAUCUUGAUUUCAUCUCGCUUUGUAAGGUAAAAAUGAGUUGCUAUGACAAUAUUGUGAUGCAAAUCCAUACAAAAGCUGUUCAGGGUAUCAUAUUUCAUUUUCACCUACAGUUACUGAAUGCACUAAAAUAUCCUAUAGAAACUGACAGAUUUGAUGUCCUCAUUUGGUAAAACAUCUUCUUGUUUGAUUUUUCUCUAAUUCUUAAUUAGAUUUUGUUUUCUUGAUAUUAAGUCGUUCGAUUUGAAUUUUCUGCACGGAACCUGUGAUCUUCAUUAUAUAGAAGACACAGAAGAAAAAGACAAGAGCUCAAGAUAUGCCAUUGGGUGCAGUACUAAGGCGGAGGUAGAAAGUCUUAUAGGUUUCAAAGAUGGUGGAGAUAUAGAUCAUUUCCUGCACCCACCUCUCCCCUAACCAGCUCCACCCUAGUGGUCAAAAUCUGUCACAUCAAGCCUGUCACCAUCAUCAUUAACAAAAUGCAGGGUUUGGUGCUAGGGCAUAUAUAGUGAUGGCUACUUAUGAACUGCUUCCCAAUUAAGGACAAAUAAAAGAUCGAAUGGUAUGUGUUUGUCCAUUGGAGACGGCUGUUCCCGAGAUGAUACCAAUGUUGCUUUAAGACAAGAGGAAGAAUUUACAUUGAAUGAUUUUUUCACACUGGUAUAGGGAAUGCGUAUAUGAGAGGAUAAAAGAAAAAGAAAGAAAAAUUAUUAGAAAUAUUAUAAUUGAAAGGUGAAAGUGACAUGGUUGUUUUGGUAGGCGAAUAGGAAAGGUGCACGUGGUGAAUGGACAUGAAGAGAAAAGGGUGCUAGGUUUAAUAUAAAUUGGAAGAAGAAGCAGUUAGUGGUUGUGAAGGAAGGAAGGAGGCAAGCAACCAAAUCUCAGAGACAAUUAUAACAGUAUAGAUCAGAAGGAAGAAAGAAGAGAGAGAGACCGUUGUUGAUUAGAUAAAGAAGAUCAUCUAACAUGGGAAGAUCUCCUAGCUGUGAUGACUCUGGUCUCAAGAAAGGUCCCUGGACUCCUGAUGAAGAUGAGAAACUUGUCAACUAUGUCCAAGAACAUGGUCAUAGUAGCUGGAGAGCCCUUCCCAAACUCGCUGGUCUUAACAGAUGUGGGAAGAGUUGUAGGCUAAGGUGGACGAACUACUUGAGACCUGACAUCAAGCGAGGGAGAUUUUCUCCGGACGAGGAACAGACUAUCUUGAACCUUCACUCAGUUCUUGGAAACAAGUGGUCAACGAUUGCAAACCAGUUACCUGGGAGAACAGAUAACGAGAUCAAGAAUUUCUGGAACACUCAUUUGAAGAAGAAGCUGAUUCACAUGGGUAUAGACCCAAUGACUCAUCGUCCAAGAACCGAUAUCUUCACCGGCUUAUCUCAGCUGAUGUCUCUGUCCUCUAACCUCAGAGGCUAUGUUGAUCUGCAGCAACAGUUUCCAAUUGAUCAAGAUCACCACACUAUACUGAAACUCCAGACCGAGAUGGCCAAACUCCAAUUGUUCCAAUACCUUCUUCAACCAUCAUCUUUCAUGAAUAAAAACCUACCCGUGUCCCCAGUCUGGCUCUCGGAUCCCUCCAUCUUAACUCAGAGUUUGUUACCUUCUCUUGUUCCUUCUUCUGUUGUGACUGAUGAUCUGAUUAGAAACCAGUACGGUGUUGAAGAUGUCAAUAGCAAUAUCACUUCUUCAAGCGGCCAAGAAUCAGCAGCUUCAGCUUCAGCUGCAUGGCCUGAUCAUCUAUUGGAUGAUUCUAUAUUUUCCGACAUUCCUUAGCCCUUCUUUUGGUCUUUUUCAGGUAUGUUUUGGAGGCACUCAAAUCGAAUUUACUCUUGGAACUGUGCUUGUUGGAGAAUUUUAUUCAUUUGCAUAUCUAUAUAUAUUAUAGAGACAUCAUAUAUGUAUGUGCUCAUGUUGUAGAAUGUACAGUACAGUACAUAUUUCAUAACUCAUAUGCAUGUUAUUGUCAAUGUUCUUUAUAGCAUAUA